AUGUAUGAAGACUCGGAGCUUCUGCUCCGAUACGCAGAAGAAACCGAAGACGAUAGCUACGACUCGGCCGUCGAAUACGAAUUCUACAAUGGCACGGAUCCUUGGGACGAGAACCCCUACGCGGGACGCGUUUUCCCCAAGUUUGCGGAACUGCCUCCGGAGCUGCGCCUCAAGAUCUGGGAGCUUGGCCUGGUAGAGGCAGAGCGGCCUCGCGUUCUUCCGUUCGAAGUUCAUGCCAUCCCUCGAAAGAUGCCCGGCGUGUUUACAGAAAACGAGUACGGCGACCAAAUCCAGCGUCUGUUUCGGGAUUGGCACGUUCGGCCCGGCAAAGAUCUGGCCCGCGUAACCAAGCAGACGCGCGCCCUCGUGGCCGUCAACCGAGAGGCUCGAGAGGUUGCUCGCAAGAUUCUGCCUCACACUCUCAAGGUUCAGAAUCCUGCGAGAAACGGCUACGGAAUGGUCAAUUUCAACCGGGAUCGAGAUGUUGUUCAAGUCGACGGAUACGAACGUGGGCACAUCAGUCCACGGGCUCCUGAUGAGAGAUUGGAAGACAGCGCAUACCAUUUCGACGGCUUCGCGGAAAAUGUGUUGCAGCUUGCAUUUCACGAGAGCGCCUUUGACGAAGAUGACACGGAUAACACCACCGAUGAAUACUUCAACCACGCCAUGGAGGCGUUCCGUAAUCUCAAGCGCCUAUUCCUUCUCCGCCCGGCUACCAACCCGAUGGCCCCCUAUGUGAUGAACUGGUGUGGCUCGGAUUUCGUUUAUACAUAUACUACCGCUAUCAGGGACAGGGGCAACGACUAUCUCUGGACCAAACGAUGUUGGCCAAAUGCAGACGACUACGACGACUUUGUUCGUAAAAACGUCCCCACCCCAAUGCUAAGAGAUGUGCCCCAUCCUUUGCUUCCUACUCGCGAUGUCUGGGUCCUCCCAAUGCUCUCGUUCGAUGAUAAAGGUGCCUUGAAAAGAUUUGAUAAAGCAAGGGCAAAGUGGCAGGAGAGUUACGAACGCGGCAUUUAUAUCGGACAACUCUCUGAUUUAUCAACAGACUAUGACUCUGACUCCCAAUCUGAACCUGACGAAUAUGAGAGCGAGGGAAUCGAUGACUCCGAAAUCAUUGACAAUGAUAGCGAAGACAAUAGUGAUGAUGAUGACUUGUCUGGAGAUGAAGUAUAUGGCGAUGAUGACGACUCCACCGUAGAUGAGAACGAGGUGGGAGAAAUCGUUCCCGUCUUUUCCAGCCCAGAACCAGAGCCAGAGCCGAAUGGUCUCAGAGACUCCCCAUCGGAUGCGCAGAACUCGCGAAAGCGACGAAUUGUAGCGGAUUCGGAUGACGAGGAUCCAUCUGAAGGACCAGGGGCGAAACGAGCUCGCACGACCCGCCCGGCGCGAGUCGUAACGUCAGACACGGAGGAUGAAGGCGAGAGCAAACCCAACAGCACCGGGAGAAGUCGCAGGCGUGCGGCGAUUGCGGACAGCGAUGAAGAAGACGACGAUGAUGGCAAAGACGUUGAAGUCAAGGGAAUAGACGAGGACGUGUCCGGCAGCAAGAAAGACAGAAAGGGGGCUACAAAUGGAAUAAAGCGCAAUACUAGAGGCCAAAAAGAUGAUGAAGAUGAUGAUGAAGAGGAGGAGGAGGAGGAGGAAGUUACAGAUGUAAGGCAGUUGAGUCUAGCCAGUCGGCUUAAUCUCGUGCCACAAAGGCAUCCUUCGUCACGCAAAAGAAAAGCAGAGGACGACGAGAGUUCAAAUCCAGAAGAGUACAGUGAGGAUGAUGAUGACGAGGAUGACGAUGACGAUGAAGAGAGAUCGGACGACGACCUCAUCGACGGUAUUGCUGAAGAAUCGGAUGAGUCUGAUGACGAAUGA